AUGGUCACUAUCCUGCCAGUACUGAGAGACGCCAAGAGUGACACAGACGCCAAGAGUGAGACAGACGCCAAGAGUGACACAGACGCCAAGAGUGACACAGACGCCAAGAGUGACACAGACGCCAAGAAUGACACAGACGCCAAGAGUGAGACAGACGCCAAGAGUGAGACAGACGCCAAGAGUGAGACAGACGCCAAGAGUGACACAGACGCCAAGAGUGACACAGACGCCAAGAGUGAGACAGACGCCAAGAGUGACACAGACGCCAAGAAUGACACAGACGCCAAGAGUGAGACAGACGCCAAGAGUGAGACAGACGCCAAGAGUGAGACAGACGCCAAGAGUGAGACAGACGCCAAGAGUGAGACAGACGCCAAGAGUGAGACAGACGCCAAGAGUGAGACAGACGCCAAGAGUGAGACAGACGCCAAGAGUGAGACAGACGCCAAGAGUGAGACAGACGCCAAGAGUGAGACAGACGCCAAGAGUGACACAGACGCCAAGAGUGACACAGACGCCAAGAGUGAGACAGACGCCAAGAGUGACACAGACGCCAAGAGUGACACAGACGCCAAGAGUGACACAGACGCCAAGAGUGACACAGACGCCAAGAGUGAGACAGACGCCAAGAGUGACACAGUUCAAUAUAUGGUUGCACAACAUCGCUCUUCACGUAGUGAAGAAAAAGUUCUGAACACAGUUCCUUCUUCAAAUUUUUAUUACAAGUGUUUCCUGAAGAUUGAUUUUUACAGA